AUGGCGCCCCUCGUACCCGUCUUCUCCGCAGAAACCCUCCCCGAUCAUGUCAACACUGUGCGUCGCAACUUUCAAGAGAAACGUCGCAAAGGUCCAGCCGUGGACCUAAAAGAGUGCCCGCUGCUCGAGAUGGUGCAGUACUCCUGCAAUCCGCCGCAAGAAGAUAUUCCACAGCCAGGUGUGAUUACAUGCACGCCUAUUGUGCGGCUUUUUCGACGGUGCGCGGGAGGAUUGACGGUGGAGACCACAUCAUGGGAGCCGAUCAGGCAAGCCGCGGAAGAAAGCCAGAAGAAGGCGACAAAAACAAAGGCAUGA